GAGCACGACGCGGUGCCUCUCAGUUCUCCUCCGGCCCUCCCUCUCCGCCCUCCCGGCCCGCGCGCGCUCGGGCCCCUUCCAGUGGCUCGCGGCAGGUGGCGCUGUCUGCGGCGUCGCAGCGGCCCGGGCUGCAGCAGAGACAAUCUCCCGGCGGGCUGUGCGGCCCGGCUCUCCGGCGGCAGCGAGUGCCACGUCCCAAGUGCUACGCGGAGGAGCAGAGCGGGCGGUGCGCUGGGGGCGGGAGCAGCGCGGCGCCCGGCUCGGCCACACCGAUUGCCCGCCGCCAUGGGCUCCUCGCAAAGCGUCGAGAUCCCAGGCGGGGGCACCGAAGGCUACCACGUUCUGCGGGUACAAGAAAAUUCCCCAGGACACAGAGCUGGUUUGGAGCCUUUCUUUGAUUUUAUUGUUUCUAUUAAUGGUUCAAGAUUAAAUAAAGACAAUGACACUCUUAAGGAUCUGCUGAAAGCAAACGUUGAAAAGCCUGUAAAAAUGCUUAUCUAUAGCAGCAAAACAUUGGAGCUGCGAGAGACCUCAGUCACACCGAGUAACCUGUGGGGCGGCCAGGGCUUAUUGGGAGUGAGCAUUCGUUUCUGCAGCUUUGAUGGGGCAAAUGAAAAUGUUUGGCAUGUGUUGGAAGUGGAAUCAAAUUCUCCUGCAGCACUGGCAGGUCUUAGACCACACAGUGAUUAUAUAAUUGGAGCAGAUACAGUCAUGAAUGAGUCUGAAGAUCUAUUCAGCCUUAUUGAAACACAUGAAGCAAAACCAUUGAAACUGUAUGUGUACAACACAGACACUGAUAACUGUCGAGAAGUGAUUAUUACACCAAAUUCUGCAUGGGGUGGAGAAGGCAGCCUAGGAUGUGGCAUUGGAUAUGGUUAUUUGCAUCGAAUACCUACACGCCCAUUUGAGGAAGGAAAGAAAAUUUCUCUUCCAGGACAAAUGGCUGGUACACCUAUUACACCUCUUAAAGAUGGGUUUACAGAGGUCCAGCUGUCCUCAGUUAAUCCCCCGUCUUUGUCACCACCAGGAACUACAGGAAUUGAACAGAGUCUGGCUGGACUUUCUGUUAGCUCAACUCCACCAGCUGUCAGUAGUGUUCUCAGUACAGGUGUACCAACAGUACCGUUAUUGCCACCACAAGUAAACCAGUCCCUCACUUCUGUGCCACCAAUGAACCCAGCUACUACAUUACCAGGUCUGAUGCCUUUACCAGCAGGACUGCCCAACCUCCCCAACCUCAACCUCAACCUCCCAGCACCACACAUCAUGCCAGGGGUUGGCUUACCAGAACUUGUAAACCCAGGUCUGCCACCUCUUCCUUCCAUGCCUCCCCGAAACUUACCUGGCAUUGCACCUCUCCCCCUGCCAUCUGAGUUCCUCCCGUCAUUCCCCUUGGUUCCAGAGAGCUCUUCUGCAGCAAGCUCAGGAGAGCUGCUGUCUUCCCUCCCGCCCACCAGCAACCCACCCUCCGACCCUGCCACAACUACUGCAAAGGCAGACGCUGCCUCCUCACUCACUGUGGAUGUGACGCCCCCCACUGCCAAGGCCCCUCCCACCGUUGAGGACAGAGUCGGCGACUCCACUCCAGUCAGCGAGAAGCCUGUUUCUGCAGCUGUGGAUGCCAGUGCUUCUGAGUCACCUUAACUUUGAACCAUUCUUUGGAAUUGGCGUGGUAUAUUUAUUUAACCACGGGAGCGUGUCUGGAAACGCAAACUAUCAUUAAUUUCAUACUAGUUUGUACCGUAUCUGUAGGCAUCCUGUAAAUAAUUCCAAGGGGAAAACUAAACAAGAGGACGUGGGUUGUAUCCUGCCAAGUUGAGUGGGGCUCACACGCUAGGGUGAGAUGUCAGAAAGUGCUUGUAUUUUAAACAACCAAAAAGAAUUGUAAGGGUGGCUUGCUGCUAGGCUUGCACUGCCGUUCCUGGGAGUGUGCAUCUUCGGGAAAGGUGGUGGUGGGGCGUCCACUAGGUUUCCUGUCCUCUGCUGCUCCUUCCGUAAGAAAAUGAAAUAUUCUAUGCCUAGUACUCACACGCAACAUUUCUUGUACUUUGUAAGUCGUUUGCGAGAAUGCAGACCACCUCGCUAAACUGUAAACGGUAAAGAGAUUUUUACUUUUGGUCUCCGUGAGUCGCAUCUCUAUUAAGGUUUACACAGGAAUUCCACCUGAAGACUUGUGUUAAAGUUCCACAGCGCGCACUGUUAAUUGAACGUCUUUUUCUUCAGCCUAUACACGGAUCCUUGUUUUGAGCUCUCAGAAUCACUCAGACAACAUUUUGUAACUGCUGCUGUUGCUUUCUACGUACACCUUAUAAAGUGACAUUUCAAAAGAAAUAAAGAAGGUGUCACAGUUUUAAACCAGAAGGUGGCACUCUGUGGCUCCUUGUAGUAUUAUAGCUAUACUGGGAAAGCAUAGAUACAGCAAUAAAGUACAAUAAUUUUA